AGUCCCCCAAGUCACAAAAAAACAUCAGACCCUCUCUCUCUCUCUCUCUCUCUCUCGGUAUACCCACCAAACCACCUUUCUCUAAAUUUAGCAUAAACUUCCCGAUCCAAACUCUUAAAGCACAGUACUCUCUUAUCACUGCAUUUUUUUUUCGAAAGAAGAUCAUCUCUAGCUAGGCUUUCUUCUUUACGUAUAGACUCGAUCGCUAGUUCUAGUACUGCACUUUGCUCACAAGCUAGCUAGCUAGCAUGAAUAACGCAGACUAUGCGUAUCCUUCCAACGUUGAGUGCGCGCAUCGUGUUUCGAUUCCGCCCCCACAACCCUUUGUGAAGACGCUGAAGAACUCUCUGAAAGAGACUUUCUUUCCCGAUGAUCCACUUAGGCAGUUCAAGAACCAGCCACCAUCGAGAAGAUUCGUACUGGGACUCCAGUACUUCUUGCCAAUUCUCGAAUGGGCGCCUCGCUAUAAUUUUGAGUUCCUGAAGUCUGACCUUAUUGCUGGGAUUACAAUCGCCAGCUUGGCAAUCCCGCAGGGCAUCAGUUACGCAAAGCUUGCCAACUUGCCUCCGAUUCUUGGCCUAUAUUCGAGCUUUGUUCCACCUCUGGUUUAUGCAAUGAUGGGCAGCUCCAGAGAUUUGGCUGUGGGGACGGUUGCUGUUGCAUCGCUUCUCACUGCUUCAAUGUUGGGGGAGGAAGUUGAUGCUAAGGAGAAUCCCACGCUUUAUCUUCAACUUGCUUUCACAGCGACAUUCUUCGCCGGAGUUUUCGAAGCUUGUUUAGGCUUAUUAAGGCUAGGUUUCAUCGUGGAUUUCCUAUCACAUGCAACCAUAGUAGGGUUCAUGGCAGGAGCAGCCACUGUAGUGUGCCUGCAACAGCUAAAAGCGAUCCUUGGCCUUGAGCAUUUUACCCAAGGGACAGAUCUUGUAUCAGUGAUGCGUUCUGUCUUUACCCAGACACAUAAGUGGAGAUGGGAAAGUGGUGUUCUGGGAUGUUGUUUCCUUUUCUUUCUGAUCAGCACUAGAUACUUUAGUAAGAGAAAGCCAAAGUUCUUUUGGAUAUCAGCGAUGGCACCAUUGACGACUGUCAUCUUGGGGAGUCUUCUCGUUUAUCUCACCCAUGCCGAGAAACACGGUGUUCAAGUGAUAGGAGAGUUGAAGAAGGGGCUGAACCCACCAUCGUUCGGGGAUCUAGUAUUUGUGUCUCCCUAUCUCAUGACAGCUAUUAAAGCUGGCAUCAUCACUGGCGUCAUUGCUCUCGCUGAAGGAAUAGCUGUAGGAAGAAGCUUUUCAAUGUUCAAGAACUACCAUAUUGACGGGAACAAAGAGAUGAUUGCUUUCGGAAUGAUGAACAUUGUUGGUUCUUGCACCUCUUGCUACCUCACCACAGGGCCAUUUUCAAGAUCAGCAGUAAAUUACAACGCAGGAUGCAAGACAGCAGUAUCAAACAUUGUGAUGGCAGUCGCUGUCAUGCUCACGUUGUUAUUCCUGACACCUUUGUUCCAUUACACUCCUCUUGUGGUGUUGGCAGCCAUAAUCAUAUCCGCAAUGCUUGGUCUCAUUGAUUAUGAAGCCGCCAUGCAUCUCUGGCAUGUUGACAAAUUUGACUUUGUAGUCUGCAUGAGUGCAUACAUUGGUGUGGUUUUUGGCAGCGUAACAAUUGGCCUAGUCAUAGCGAUUUCGAUAUCUUUGCUUAGGGUACUCCUGUUCGUUGCCAGACCAAGGACCUUGGUUAUGGGAAACAUUCCAGAUUCUAUGAUUUACAGAAACGUUGAACAAUACCCAAAUGCAAGCAAUGUACCUGGAAUUCUCAUACUCGAAAUCGAUGCUCCCAUUUACUUCACCAAUGCAAGCUACUUAAGAGAACGAAUUGCAAGGUGGAUUAAUGAAGAGGAAGACAGAAUAAAAUCAUCUGGGGAAACUAGCCUACAGUACGUAAUACUGGAUAUGAGUGCUGUUGGUAACAUUGAUACGAGCGGAAUUAGCAUGCUUGAAGAGAUGAAGAAGACUGCUGACAGAAGAGAGCUAAAGCUUGUAUUGGCCAACCCUGGAGGUGAGGUGAUGAAGAAGCUGAAUAAGUCCAAGUUUAUCGAAAACAUAGACCAAGAAUGGAUUUACUUGACAGUUGGAGAGGCCGUUGGAGCAUGCAACUACAUGCUUCACACAUGCAAGUCCAACCCAGCUAAGAAAGAUGAUCAAGCAGAGACAUGGAACAACGUAUGAGCUUUUGAGAAAGUAGAAGGGAUCUCAUGUGGCUGUAUUUAUUUCCUUAACUGAAGUCUGCCAUAUAUAUAUAAUGGCGUUGCAUGCGCUUUCACAGAAGAGUCAGAAGCAACAAAUGCAUUGGACUCAUUCAAUCAACAAAAAAAUGAGUUUCAUUGUUUUUAAUGCUUAGUCGAUUUGGAGGUAUUUUUGCUCUUCCAACAGUAUGUAAGUUGUAGAAUUACAUGUUAUAAGUAUAUAAGAAUUUCGGCUUUGCAAUAAGCA